CAGACGAGACGUCACAACUGGGCAUGUGCGUUCCAAUUUUUCUCUCCCCUCUUUCUGUCUUUUUUUGGAUUUUUUUCAGGCGGGGGGCUGAGGAGAUUUUUUUGUUGGUGUGUGGCGGCCAUUUUUCCACCUCACCCUGACAAAUCUGUCAAUAUAGUCACUCCAUCCGGCUCUUGCCCUUUUCAAAAAAUCCAACAAGGACUUUUCCUCCUGUCUUUUAUUAAUUUAAAAAUAUUCCUUAAUUGCAUUUCCUUCCUCUGGAUAAAAUCUUCUCCUUUCAGGAUUUUAUAUGUGAAUUUUCUGUGCUUUAUCCCCCCCCCCCCCAUCUCUCUUUAAAAAAAUACAUUAAUUUAACAUUCAAUGAUGCCGGCAUCGUUUGGCAAUGAGGAGGACGGGAUGGAAAACGAUGAGGGAGCCCCAGAGGAAGAGGAGGAAGAAGAGGAGGAGGAAGAGGAGGAAGAAGAAUGUCGUGAAGUAAUGUUUUCCGAAGAAGAGCCAGCCAAAGUGAAGAAAAAAAGGAAACCACGGAAACAGAAAGAGAACAAGACGCCCAAAAUGAAGAAGCGAAAGAAAGAGGAACAGAAGUCCUCCACAUACUUAAUGGAUGAUUGGGGUUUGGAAGAUGUGGAUUAUGAAUUCACAGAGCAAGAUUACCACACUCUGACCAACUACAAAACCUUCAGUCAGUUCCUGAGGCCACUCAUUGCCAAGAAGAAUCCGAAAAUCCCGAUGUCCAAAAUGAUGACGGUGCUCGGUGCCAAAUGGAGGGAGUUCAGCGCCAACAAUCCUUUCAAAGGGACCUCUGUGGCUGCGGCAGAGGCAGCGGCAGCCGCGGUGGCGGCAGCAGUGGAGCAGGUGAUCGUGGCACCACCGGUACCGAUUCCUCUGCCACCCCCUAUUCAGCCCCCCGUGCCCCUAAGGAAAGCCAAGACCAAAGAAGGGAAAGGUCCAGGAGUUCGGAAGAAAAGUAAAAGUGCUCGAGCGGCUGAGUUGAAGAAGAAAGGAAAAGGGAAGAAGAUGACACCUCUGAAGAUCAAGUUCGGAGGUUUCAGUGGCAAACGGAAAAAAGGGUCUUCGAGUGAGGAAGAUGAUCACGGUGAGUCGGAUCUAGACAGCGCGAGUGUCCACAGCUGCUCCUUGCGGCCUGACGGCUCUGCUGGUUUUGGCAAGAGAAGAAGGAAAGGUGGCAAGAGGAAGAAAAGAUUGGAGGAGGGUGAUGGGUAUGAGACGGAUCAUCAGGACUACUGUGAAGUGUGCCAGCAAGGAGGGGAGAUUAUUUUGUGUGACACCUGUCCUCGGGCCUAUCACUUGGUCUGUCUGGACCCAGAGCUGGAGAAGGCCCCCGAGGGAAAGUGGAGUUGUUUGCACUGUGAAAAGGAAGGAAUCCAGUGGGAGCCUAAAGAAGAUGAUGAAGAUGAAGAGGACGAUGAGGGAGUGGAAGAGGAAGAUGAUGAUCACAUGGAAUUUUGCAGAGUCUGCAAGGAUGGAGGCGAGCUGCUGUGUUGUGACUCCUGUCCUUCCUCUUAUCACAUUCACUGCCUUAACCCUCCACUCCCUGAGAUCCCAAAUGGAGAGUGGGUUUGUCCACGUUGCUUGUGCACACCUCUAAAAGGCAAAGUGCAGCGAAUCUUGCACUGGACAUGGGGUUCGCCCCCACCACCACGUACCCCCCCAGCUCUGAUGGGUGAAGUCAAUGAAGCCGAACAGCCCAAGGCCCUGAAAGGACGACCAGAGCGAGAAUUCUUUGUGAAAUGGGUGGGACUGUCAUACUGGCAUUGCUCUUGGGCCACAGAAUUGCAGCUGGAGCUAUACCACACUGUAAUGUUCCGGAACUUCCAAAGGAAGAACGAUAUGGAUGAACCACCACCAUUUGACUAUGGCUCUGGGGAUGAUGAAGAGAAGAGUGAGAAACGGAAGAGUAAGGACCCACAGUUUGCACUGAUGGAGCAGCAGUAUUAUCGAUAUGGGAUCAAACCUGAGUGGCUCAUUGUUCACCGUAUCAUCAACCACAGCUUUGAUAAAAAGGGUGAUUUGCACUAUUUAGUUAAGUGGCGGGAUCUGCCGUAUGACCAGGCUACGUGGGAAUUUGAAGAGUUUGAUAUUCCAGAUUAUGACACUACGAAGGAGUUGUAUUGGAAUCACAGACAAUUAAUUUUGGGAGAUGAUUUAAGACCAGUGAGAAAACCGAAAAAAGGACGUAAAGCCAGGGAAUUGAUCUUCGACCCGCCUCCAGUACAGCCCAUAGUCGAUCCAACUGUGAAGUUUGACAAGCAACCAGAGUACAUUGAUGCCACAGGUGGCAACCUCCACCCUUACCAACUGGAGGGGCUGAACUGGCUGCGUUUCUCUUGGGCUCAGGGCACUGAUACAAUUUUGGCUGAUGAGAUGGGAUUGGGGAAAACCGUUCAAACGAUUGUAUUUCUAUACUCUCUGUUUAAAGAGGGUCACUCCAAAGGACCUUUCCUGGUGAGUGCUCCAUUGUCCACCAUUAUUAACUGGGAACGGGAGUUCACGCUGUGGGCACCAUGUUUCUACGUGGUGACUUACACAGGAGACAAAGACUGCAGAGCUGUCAUCCGAGAGAAUGAGUUUUGCUUUGAUGAUAACGUAAUCAAGAGUGGGAAAAAAACCUUCAGGAUGAAGAGCGAGGCGCAAAUAAAGUUUCACGUGCUGCUGACUUCGUAUGAGUUGAUCACCAUUGAUCAGACGAUCUUGGGAUCCAUUGACUGGGCAUGUCUUGUUGUCGAUGAAGCUCACAGGCUGAAAAACAACCAAUCCAAAUAUUUUAGGGUGCUAAAUGCUUACAAGAUUGAUUACAAGCUGCUGCUGACUGGGACGCCACUACAGAAUAAUCUGGAGGAGCUUUUCCACUUGCUGAACUUCCUUACUCCUCAACGUUUUAACAACUUAGAAGGCUUCUUGGAGGAGUUUGCAGACAUCUCAAAGGAGGACCAGAUUAAGAAGCUUCAUGACCUCCUGGGCCCACAUAUGUUGAGGCGUCUCAAGGCUGAUGUCUUUAAGAACAUGCCAUCAAAGACCGAGCUGAUAGUCCGUGUGGAGCUCAGCUCCAUGCAGAAGAAAUAUUACAAAUUCAUCCUGACCAAGAAUUUCGAGGCUCUGAAUUCAAAAGGGGGUGGGAACCAGGUGUCCCUGCUGAACAUCAUGAUGGAUCUGAAGAAGUGUUGUAACCAUCCCUAUUUAUUUCCGGUCGCAGCAGGGGAAGCUCCGGUUUUACCAAAUGGAUCAUAUGAUGGGAACUCUCUGGUGAAGUCCUCAGGGAAGCUGAUACUACUACAGAAGAUGCUGAAGAAACUGCACAGCCACGGCCACAGAGUGUUGAUCUUCUCUCAGAUGACUAAAAUGCUGGAUCUGCUGGAAGAUUUCCUGGAAUAUGAUGGAUACAAGUACGAACGGAUAGAUGGGAGCAUCACAGGCAACCAGAGACAAGAGGCUAUUGACAGGUUUAAUGCCCCUGGAGCCCAGCAAUUCUGUUUCCUUCUCUCCACUCGAGCUGGGGGUCUGGGCAUUAACCUGGCUACUGCAGACACUGUUAUAAUCUAUGAUUCAGAUUGGAACCCCCACAAUGAUAUUCAGGCCUUCAGCAGAGCUCAUCGUAUCGGUCAGAACAAAAAGGUGAUGAUCUAUCGCUUUGUGACCAGAGCGUCAGUGGAGGAACGCAUCACGCAAGUCGCCAAGAAAAAGAUGAUGUUGACUCACCUGGUGGUCCGGCCAGGCUUGGGUUCCAAGUCAGGCUCACUUUCCAAACAGGAGUUGGAUGAUAUUCUCAAGUUUGGCACAGAGGAGCUCUUCAAGGAUGAUGAAGCUGAGAAGGAGGCUGAGGAAAUGAGGAUGAUACACUAUGAUGACCGUGCCAUCUCCAAGCUGCUGGACCGUAACCAGAAUGCCACAGAUGAUGCUGACAUUCAGAACAUGAACGAGUAUCUCAGCUCCUUUAAAGUUGCUCAGUACGUGGUGCGGGAGGAAGAUGAGCAGGAGGAAGUUGAGAGAGAGAUCAUUAAACAGGAAGAGAAUGUGGACCCUGAUUACUGGGAAAAGCUUCUCCGACAUCAUUAUGAACAGCAACAAGAGGACCUGGCCAGGAACCUGGGCAAAGGCAAACGCAUUCGUAAACAAGUCAACUACAACGAUGCUUCCCAAGAGGAUCAAGAGUGGCAAGAUGACCUUUCGGACAAUCAGUCUGAGUACUCUGUAGGGUCAGAAGAUGAGGAUGAAGACUUUGAGGAGAAGCCUGAAGCUGGGAGGAGACAGUCACGGAGACAGCUUAAGUCCGAAAGAGACAAACCCCUCCCACCCUUACUGGCACGGGUUGGUGGGAACAUUGAGGUUCUUGGAUUCAAUGCUCGCCAACGUAAAGCUUUUGUUAAUGCCAUCAUGCGCUGGGGGAUGCCUCCCCAGGAUGCCUUCAACUCUCACUGGCUUGUCCGAGAUCUCCGGGGCAAGAGUGAGAAGGAGUUCAGGGCCUACGUGUCACUGUUUAUGAGACACCUGUGUGAACCAGGAGCUGAUGGAUCUGAGACCUUCGCAGACGGUGUCCCUCGGGAGGGGCUGUCCCGGCAACACGUGCUCACCAGGAUAGGCGUGAUGUCACUAGUGCGAAAGAAGGUGCAGGAGUUUGAAUACAUCAAUGGCAGGUACAGCACUCCGGAGAUGGUGCCGGAGCACCUGGAAAACAAGAAACCUGUUGACAGUAUCUCGUCGGAUCCCAAUACCCCAGUGGCAGCCAGCCCUGCCUGCCCCCUGCUCAGUACACCAGCCGCGAGUUCCACAGGUGGGUUCCAAAGGGGCAUGCUCUGCCUUUCUGUACGUGGCUACAAUUGUGCUGAAUGUUGGGACAGGCUCAAACGGGAUCAAUGACCACCUCCUCCUGUC